GACGGGAUCCCGAAAGUGCCGACCGCCAGAGCCGUCCGUAUAUCGGGUGCCCGGUGCGAAUACGAUACUAGUGUAUGUAUAUAUAUCAAAUGGUAUAAAUUAAUAAUAAUGCUUUUGACCACUUCUUGAGUGAUGGUAUGGUGUCUAGAGGCAGAAGAGGACUUGGAGUACCCGUAACAGAAAAGAAAAACGAUCAGAACAAGAAUCACAGACAGGAUAGAAGUCAGGGUUCAAUUUCAAAUUCUUGGUGCCGGUGCCAGUGGUGGUGGUCCAUUCUGUUUGCAUUUGCGCUGCUGGUGGUUUUACAUGUCCGAUACCAUUCUUUCGUGACGGACGUGGUACAUUGGGAUUGGAAUCGGGAUUUCGAAUUCGCUGCAUCAGAAACACGACUCGGACUCGGACUCUCCAAGAAUUUUGGCAGUGAGACAGCGCCAGGAAAAGAGAUGUCGAACGUUCUCAAGAAUGUCGUUGUGGUUGGAGGGAGUUAUGUUGGACGGAACACGGCAAAGGAAUUGGCGCAGGUUGUGCCGGCGACGCAUAGGGUUCUCUUGAUCGAGCCACAUAGCCACUUCCAUCAUUUAUUCACAUUUCCUCGCUUCGCCAUCGUCCCAGGCCAAGAACACAAAGCCUUCGUCCCCUACAGCGGCCUAUUCACCGGCACCCCCAACAGCACCAACCACGCCGUAAUCCAAGCGCGCGUACUGGCCGUCCAGCCACGCCACCUCGACCUCGACCGAGAAUGGCAAGGAUCCAAGCAACUCCCUUUCGAAUACCUCGCCCUAGCAACCGGAACAACACUCACCGAGCCCGGGAUGAUGAAGAGCGACGAGAAGAAACCGUCCGUCUCCUACCUCCAGUCCCACCAAGCGAUGGUCAAACGGGCAAAAUCGAUCAUCAUCGCCGGUGGGGGCGCCGUAGGCGUACAAAUGGCCACCGACCUGAAAGAAUACUACCCCGACAAAAACAUCACGCUCGUUCAAUCCCGGAACCGCGUCAUGCCUCAAUUCCACGAAAAGUUGCACGAGCUCGUGUCCCACCGGUGCCGCGACCUAGGAAUCAACCUUAUAACCGGCACCCGAGUCGUCAUUCCCCCGACUGGAUUUGUUGAUAAUGGCACAGGCAAACCCUUCGACGUCCAAUUGACAAAUGGCAAAACCAUCCCCACAGAACUAGUGAUUCUGGCCACGGGUCAAAAACCAAAUAAUGCUCUAGUCGCUGGACUUGACCAGUCGACGCCAGGGUCGCUGAUUAACCCAGAGAACGGCUUUCUUCGCGUCCGCCCGACGUUGCAGCUCGCUGACCCAAAAUACCCCAACAUCUUUGCUGUCGGUGAUAUUGCGGAUACGGGGAUCCAAAAGGCCGCGAGGCCGGGCAUGGCGCAGGCCCAGGCCGUGGCGAAAAACAUAAAGGCGAUGAUUGAGGGCAAGGAACCGACGGAGACGUAUGGUCCGUAUCCGGGCGCCAUUCAUAUGACGCUGGGCAUGAAAUAUAAUAUCAUCUUCCGAAACCCAGACAAGGCGGCUGGACAGACGGAACCCAUGGUCGUGGAAAGGCAAGAUGGCCAAGAAGAUAUGGGAGUCGAGGGCUUCUGGGAGAGACUGGGAGUCAAGGUCAACGACCCUCAAGAAUAUCAUUUAUAAAAAGAACUGCCCGGUGGAUUCUCUAUUGCAAUGUGCCACUGCAUCUCCGUACUGAGUACGAUUUCCAUGGUAUUGCUUGUGGAAAAAAUGAGCUUAUCGGAAGUUUGAGGUUGCAGGCAUAAUAGAUGCAGAUGCAUAAUCCCGGACUAGGCGAUAUGCAAGGUUAAAGGAAUGGUGCCUGGGGGAUUGUGAACACAUGGACUGCUUGUAUAACAUGCUCUUGAGGCCUUCAUUUCAUCCUACCAUGUAGGACUCUUCACGACUUAGGAGACGACACACGCAUGCCUCUAGCAGGAUAGUAAACCGGCGGCAUAUAAAUAUGUUGCAUGGCACGCUUCCUCUUCAAGCUGACUCUUAGCAAGUGGAGGUGGUGAAAAUGAUGCUGAAACAGCUUGACCUAAGCCAUGCCGCCAUGCUCAAUCUUUC